GGAACCUGCAGCUGUAUGUACAUGAGCCAUGGGGAACCAGGACAAGUGUCAUGGAUCCCUAACAGCCCAGCUCUCGGACCACGUUGGAAUGGACAACGUGUACUUUACUUCUGGGGGACAUAGUACAGACAGAGCUGUCAUUUCUGGAGUACAGGAUGGCUCUGAACAUUGCAGGAACCCUUCUCCUGGUUACUGGGGUCACUCUCCUCAUAUAUCUGAUGAAAUGGUGGAGCAGGGUGAAUCUAAAGAACCUUCCCCCAGGACCUACACCUCUACCGGGCCUGGGGAACAUCCUGCAGAUCAGCACCUCAGAACUACCUCAGUCUUUAGUUAAGCUGAGUGAGACAUAUGGACCUGUCUAUACCCUCUACAUAGCGAAUCUUCAGACGGUAGUACUGAUCGGGUACGAUGCAGUGAAGGAGGCGCUGGUGGACCGCAGUGAUGCGUUUAGUGAUAGGGGAGACACAGGAGCAGGAGAGUUUUUUUCCAAGGAUUUUGGGGUCAUUGCAAGCAGUGGAGAUCGAUGGAAAAUCCUUCGUCGAUUUUCUCUGACAUCUUUGAGAAAUUUUGGAAUGGGAAAGAGGAGUAUUGAAGAAAGAAUCCAAGAAGAAGCCCAAUGUCUCGCAGAGAAAUUAAUGAAGGACAAAGAUUCUCCAAUUGACCCAACAUAUAUAUUACGACUUGCUGUUUCCAAUAUAAUUUGCUCUGUUGUGUUUGGUGAAAGAUUUGACUAUGAAGACCAAAAAUUUUUGACCCUAUUGUCUUAUGUUCAAGAUCUUCUUCUGCUGUUUAACACCCGUUCAGGGCAGCUUUUUAACAUAUAUCCAACCGUAAUGUCCCACAUCCCUGGUCCUCAUCAAAGGAUCUUCAAAAUUACUAACAACCUAAAAGAAUUUAUUAAGGAGAUGGUGAAAACCCACCGAGCCAGCCUGGAUGAGAACUGCCCUCGUGACUUCAUAGAUUGUUUCCUUAUAAAGAUGGAGGAGGAAAAGAAGAAUCCAAAAACAGAAUUUAAUGAGGAAAACUUAGAGGCAGUUAUAUUAGACUUAUUCUUUGCUGGAACAGAGACUACAAGCAUGACAUUGCGAUAUGGUUUUCUUAUACUCAUGAAAUAUCCAGAAAUACAAGAAAAGGUCCACAAAGAGAUUGACAAUAUCAUAGGUAAAGAUCGCUGUCCAUCAAUGGAAGAUAAGACUAAAAUGCCCUAUACAGAAGCCGUAAUCCAUGAGAUCCAGAGAUUUGCCGAUAUUGUACCUGCAGGAUUGGCUCAUGCCGUCAGCAAAGACACAACCUUCAGGGGAUAUCAUAUUCCAAAGGGAUGCUUAGUGUUUCCAGUCCUGACUUCUGUCCUGAAGGACCCCAAACAAUUCAAGAACCCAGAUGAAUUUGAUCCUGGACAUUUUCUUGAUAAUAAAGGGUUAUUCAAGAAAAGUGAUGCCUUUAUGCCAUUCUCUACAGGGAAACGUAUGUGUAUGGGAGAAGGCCUGGCUCGCAUGGAGCUCUUCCUCUUUCUAACUACUAUACUUCAAAAAUUUACCUUGGAGCCCACCAUAGACAGAAAGAAUCUGAGAAUAAAACCAGAGCCUAACACUAAUGCUUCAAGGCCUUGUUCAUACCAGAUAAAUGUUGUCCCUCGUUCCUGA